AUGUCUGAUUUUAUGAACUAUUUCCGUAGCGUCGGCCGCAACAUCAACGGCGUUUUUCAUAAGGGUGUCGGUCGUGGAUACAAACCCCCAGGUAAUCCUCAACACAACUUCGCCAGAGAACCCCCGGGCUAUGAUGAAGGGUUUGGACGAGCAUCGCGCAUUGCAAGAACUCAGAAGCAUCAUGUAGACGUCAACGAGGAUGCAUACAAUGUUCCCGCUACUUCUCGGCUUUACCCAGUGUCGCUGCAACUAACUAUUCCUAUUUCACCCGCGGAUACAAACAUACAAAUUACCGCUGAGUCAUGCAUAUAUCGUGAGCAGGAUGAUACCACCAUGGAAACUCCUCCUCAAUCAAGAGAAGUUACCCCUGAACCAGAACUACAUCAUCUGGUAGAUACUAUUGCCGCUCAGUCUGCCGUCGAACCAAGAACAGACGAUCCUGAGCUAGAACUUCAUCAAUUGGAAGAUACUAUCAGUGCUCAUUCUACCCUUCGAGUCAGAGUAGAUAACUCUCUGCAAUCUUCAAUCCGUCUGCGAGGCUCGAAUAUUGACCAAGAUACCAUGCUACAAGCAAGAACUGUUGGAAAUCCAGAACCACGAGCCACAGUAUCAAGACUUCCAACGGCUCUUAGGUCUGCGUCCUUGCAAGAAAGAUUUGGUAACACUGGCCAGUCCACUUCACCACGAGUGACCUUUCAUGCAAAUCAAUCUGAAUAUCGACCUGGUGGCAGUGAUACUGUUGAGCCAAAUUCGGUACAACCAAGAGCUGUAAGUGCUCCACAGCCCGCUUUACGAUCAAGUACUCCAGUUGUUUUUGGAGCUGCUUCGUCGCAGCGAAGAGCUGUAGCUGCUCCUUGGACUCCAUCGCAAUCAAGUAUUCCCAUUGCUACUAGAGUGGCAUCAUCACAUCAACGUGUCAGAAGGGCUGAUCAGCUACCUCCUUCACGCGAAGCCUUUACAACUUCUGCCCGGUUUCCCUUGAUGAACGGACAAGAUCCAGCCCCCUCAGAGCAAGUCACCUUAACUAGACAGAGACACUGUCACAACGUGGUACCAGAAGAAUUCGUCAUCCCUAAUCGAUCUACGCCAAGAAUUUAUGGUACUCCCCAAGAAAGUUCAUUAUCAGGAGAUCUUCAUGUUCUGAGAUUGUACAAUCCAUUUGAUGGGGCUGGUAGGCCAAGUUUUGCGACCCAUAUGCAAACAACUAGUCGCCAGGCUGUACAAAGCAACGGAAUCAGUUCAAGCACAGCAGCCGGUAACACAUCACGCAAUGGGCUUCAAAUUACACACCACAACGGUACUGGCAGGUCAUCAACUAGUCAUCAACAUGAACAUCGUAGUGGUGCUUGUUACAGUACUAGGUCGAGGAGAGAACUUGCUCAUUCCGAAAGCAUCGAAAAUAUGGAUGUAGAAAUGAACCCUUCAACUGUAGAACCCGUUACCAAUUUCUCCAGACUCAGACAUCCAGAGCCCACCACUCUAUCUAAUUUCUCCCCGUAUGAGAUUCAAAACGAGUAUCUAGCCGAAGCAUAUAUGAGACAAACUGGCGGUCCAUCCCUUGCCCAAAGACUUAAAGCUGAGCGACCUCGCCGUGGUCUACCUCGGUCACCUGAACGCGCACCAGCUCCAGCACACAGUCCAGCUAGUGGUAAUUUGAGACAACACCGUGCACGUAACAGUCAUGGAAGUCGCCAAAGACGCGCUGCACGCCAUCGAACAGCAAUUGCUAGGGAAGAAGCACUUGCAAAAGAGAAUGAAAGUAAAAAGAGAAAGCGAGAAAGAGACAGAAGAGAAAAAUGCAUCUAUAAGGUUCUAGGCCAAGUCAGUAUGAACGAUUGUUUCUGCGAGGAUGGAUAUGAUGAUGCUGGCGAGCCUCAUGAACCUGUGAAGAUGCUAAAUUGCAGAGAGAAUGCAAAUUACCUCUAUAAAUACUGCGUAAUGCACGUGACCUACCAGAUACUUAUUCUGGACUACGAAGCACAGAGUAUGGAUACCAUCUAG